GGGUAGUUUAGUCGAGUUUCUGAGUUGGUGAAGCGUUGUCGCGUUGUUGCAUUCGCGGGCAAGUUUGUUUACUUUUGUAAAGUAACUGAAUAACUAUGGAACUUACAUAGACAGUUCGUUUUCAAGUGAUGUGAUUGAAGCAGUGUUUUAAUUGGUACUAUUGUAUUUUAAUUUGUUAAAAAUGGAGAUGAGGCGAUUAUUUUGGACAAUAUUUUUGGGAGUUUUAUGCAGAGCGGAGGCGGGUAUGAUGGGUGAUCAGUGCGACUGGACUGGCAGUGGCCUGACAUCAACGACGGAGCGUGGAGUGACGCCUGUGUACCUGCGAUGCAGGGAGGGCACCAUCUCCUGGAUGUACCCUCGAGGAGCUCUGCGUCUCAUCCUGAGACCUCCCCUGCCCGGCGAUGAGAGGGAUUUCAAGAUCUGCAUCAGGGUCAUACGGCGACCAGACCCACCUGAUCUAUUCCAUUCACUGGAAUUUAAUGAUACAGAAGUCGCUGAGCGGUUCCCUGCGCGUCUAUUUGUGGAGGGCGCGCGAAGAUUAGUUCCUUUGUAUGCGCCCAAUGAUGGCGAUCCAAGGGAACUGCGGUGCUUCCGAGGCAGACACGGAGGUGCUGCGAUAUAUGUGGAAGCUGAACCAGAAGAUGGUCCCCAGAGGAGAGAAGCCACCUUCAAAUAUGAAGCGCGGCCCCUAGUCCGGAGACACUACGACCCCAACACAGCAGACUGCAGACCUUGCUCCGAUUCGGAACUCGAGCUCGCCUUCUGCACCAGCGACCUCGUAUCGCGAGGAGUGAUCGUGAUGAGCGAACCCCGUAAGGACCUGGACACUACGCAGUUGACUUUACGAGUCACGAAGCUCAUCCGAGCCACCUCCGAAGCUGAAAGCAAGGACAAGCCUGACUUGGAAGAUGAUGAAUAUUAUAGAUACGACGUAGACAACACACUGGAGCGCACUACACACCGCAACCACAGACGGCGGAAAGCACGCAGCUUGCACGCACACGUGCACGUCUCGUCCGUGUGCGGCGCGUCCGCAGGCGCCGGCGAGUUCCUCAUCAUGGCGAGACGGCGACUGGGACGGUACUCCCUAGUCUGCGCACCAAGAAUAGAAGACUGGAUGGAACUUGUCAAAAGAAGAAAUGCUGACGGUACAGCUUACUGCUUGCUGCAGCAUUAGUUCGUAAAUCCAGUGUUGUGAUUGGUUAAUAUCAGUGAUGACUUUGAUGCGAUUGGUCGGUUGCUAUUAUGGACUUGGAUGAAAGAUGUUGGUUUUGUUAGAUAUUAUUAUGUCUCGAAUGGAACAGUGAUGCAUUGUUUCGUUCGGAUCCUAUUUAGAGUAUAUAACGUUAGUUUAUUAUGUUAUUGCUUGCCAUAAAAUCAGCUUGCGUUCUAAUGCAAUAUUGUACAAACAAUUCUAAUCUUUAUUUAUGUAUCAAAUGUUUAUAUUUACUGUAAAUGUUGUAUUGUAGAUUUUUAAAGGAAAUGUGGUCCAGAGUGCCAAAAUAUAUAAGAUCUUCAGUUAGGUGUAAGGUCGAUCUCAACUGUGUACAUAUUAUGUUUAAGUGGGAUUAAGAAAGCCAUAUUAAUUAAGCUCCGUAAUUAUAAACGUAAUAUAUUGCAGUCUUAGUGUGAUUCAGAACAGAUUUAUUUUUAUUUUUUUUUUAAUAUAAAUAUGCUGACUUGGUGCCACUCUGUUGUUAUGUGUUAAAGGUGCUUCAAAACGGGUAAUAUUUUUCUAUAAUGUUUGUAUGUAUGCAGUGCUAUGGCUGACAAUAUUGCAUACAUUGUCUUGCAAUAUUACACAAAUUUUCAUGCAAUAUUGCAUAAAUUGUCACUCAAUAUUGCAUAAAUUGCUCACAUUGCCAUGCAAUAUUGUUAUAUAAUAUUGUAAUUAUAUCUGUAUCAUUCAAUUAAAAAUGUUUAAUAUCGUUUAUGGUCAAAAGUGCAGCUACAUAUUGCAGAAAAAUAUUGCCCAUUUAAAAGCGCUUGAAAAACAAGCUGGAAUUGUUUUAAAAGAUCCGUAUAACAUCUAUCUAUGAAAUAUUCUAUUGUUGAGUAAAAAUACAAAACAUAUUAAGGUACUCCAAUCUAUCAUACAUACUCAACCGAUUUUCAACCUUAUAAUCUCAUAUAUAAAGUCGAAAAUCGAUUGCAAAACAUGAUAGCUUGAAGUGCCUCAAAGUACCUUAUAUGCAGAUAUUAUGAUUCUGCAAUGUUAAAAAAAUGUCUUCUUAAGUGCUUCCGUAAAUAAAAUCAUAUAUUUUUAUUAUAUAACUUAUACAUAUAUGAAACUUGAACAGAUAUAAAUACCAGCCUAUGUGAAUACUUUAGUAAUAUAUUUUGUACAAACACUUUAAGUUUAGUUGUCGACAUGUGAUAUAGUUUACAACGAUUAUGUUAAAAAACCUAUUGUAUAUACGAGAAUAUAACAAUACAUAGUGUUUAUAAUAUACAUAACUACAUAUUAUUUUAUGUACUAGAAGAAAAUGCUGUUGAAUAAAAUAGUUCAAAAUUUA